AUUACCGCAGUUCGAAUGCUGAAACUUUAAAUGUUUGAAUGCUGAAACUUUAAAUGUUCGAAAGCUGAAGCAUACGACUUUACCAUGGAGACCAACACCGACGUUAUCAAGCUGAACAUCGGCGGUGCGAAAUUCGAAAUCUCGCACGUCACAUUUUCAAAAUUCGAAACUCAAAUUCAGUCUCGGUCGGUACUGCGUGCUGACAAACAAACCGGAUGUUCCGAAUAUUUCAUAGAGAGACAUGCGCAGAGCUUCGGGGCCAUCUUGGAUUUCUACCAAACGGGAGAGCUCCACUUGCCGACCGACGUCUGCCCGUCCAUCUUCAAGAGAGAGCUGGAGGCCUGGGAAGUCGACUGGACACAAAUGUCCACCUGUUGUCUCAGGCGAUUUGUCGGCUUUCAUGAAAACGAGGCAACUCUGCUUGACUUUGAUCGAAAAUUCCAUGAGAGUGGUCUCCCUCAAACAGCGUACCCGUCGUCAUGGGAGAAGAUACGCAUGCGCGGCUGGGCCCUUCUGGAUAAUCCCAAAUCUUCCAACUGGGCCAUGAUUUUCCUAGCUGUGGCGACCAUCUUCGUGCUACUGUCGACCUUUGUGCUAAUCGCUUCCACUGACACCGCCUUCACGCGGUCCCUCACCAAAGAGGAGUGGGAGGAGUUCCUCAGUGAAGAUGAGUACACACGUUGCGUCGAGCCCUUGGAAAAUUCCACAACAGGUGAUGAUGCACCUUCGUUUGUACGUAAACGUUCAGCAGACGAAUUGCCAUCGCAUGGAGAUCACGUGAUUGGGACCAAUGGCGCUGAAGAUGAGAAAAUCGUGAAUGUCGUUUUAGAGUUAGUUAAAAGUGGUAACGCUGAGUCUAGAGCAAGCGAAACUACAACUAGUGACACCAGACAGGUUUCAGAGGGUGGGACUGUUAGAUGGGGGGCUACUCAUACCAGUGGCUACCUCCAUACCAACACCAGUGGCUACCUACAUACCAACACCAGUGGCUACCUCCAUACCAACACCAGUGGCUACAUCCACGAAGAUAAUGGGUAUCAACAUAAGAAGAACAGAUUUUAUCCACACUACAAUACCAGUGGAUAUCACUACAACAACAAUACCGGCCACCCACACACCAACACAGCUUUAUACCCACACACAAACUCAAGUGACUACCCACACGCCAACAAAAAUGUCUACCAUCACACCAACAGCAGUAAAUCUUUCUACACCAAAUCACCCAAUAGUUUUAUCAAUAACAACUCUCCACAAUCGACAGAAAGCGAAUCAUCUGAACCUACAUCAACUACAGCACAAAUCGGAGAAGAUCAAACUAUAGACUCGACUGAUCUUUCACACAGCACUGAGAACAUGGGGGUAAAAGACAUAUACCAAGACGCAGCUACUAACGAGUCUAGAUCCAACAAUGUCCACAAAAUGAUCCACCAACUCAACGAGGAACUGACACACCAAAAUCUCCAUCAACAUCGACAAAAGCGAGACAUCAUCAUCACCAACGACAACACCAACACGACCACCAGCAUCAACGCAACAACUUUCUACUCACUACUCCAGCGUGUGUCGAACUAUUUUCAAAACAUGCUCACUCACCAAAGCACGAGCACAAGUGAUUGGUGCGCGGGUGUCCGACCAACAACAGCUGAUGCGCCUGUUGAUUGGUUGCAGUACAUUGAUAGCGUAUGCAUGUGCUACUUCACGCUAGAACUAAUCGCGCGGUUUAUUUUCGCGCCAUCACGAUUACGAUUUCUGGGAUCGGUAUCGACCUGGAUCGAUUUGUUUACCGUGACGACGAUGUAUUUAGUUUUGAUUUUAGGGAGAAUCGAUCCCCGUUCUAAAUACACGCCCUCCUACAUUGAGAUCCUCAACAGCCUCCAGCUGUUCCGCGUGCUGCGCCUGAUUCGACUUGUGAAGAACGUCACCGGUUUCCGCGUGUUGGUCUACUCCGUCAGAUCCUCGUGGCGAGAGUUAUGCCUCCUGUUUUUGUAUCUAUUAAUAGCCGUCACCAUUUUCGCCACUUCCUCUUAUUUUUUCGAGCGGGAUAACAUGAAAUCUAUCCCGGACGCGGGCUGGUGGGCCAUCAUCACCAUGACAACCGUCGGCUACGGUGACGUUGUGCCGAAAACAGGGCCAGGGAAGAUAAUCGGGAGUAUGUGCGCGAUGAGUGGGGUUCUUUUGAUAGCAGUUACCGUUCCUGUUUUUGUCAAUAACUUUCUGUUGUUUUACGAGAGCACGAAGUUAAUGGAUGUCGCAUCACAUAAAAACAAAGUGAACGAUAAGAUUGCAGAAGAUAACGACGAUAAAAAAUCGAAGAGCAUCAAAUCCAACCGCAUAUCUGCAUGCUAAUUCAAGCAGAGCUUACAUAAACCAAAAUAUGUAUUGUUAAAAACAAAAGAACCAAACAAAUAUUUCGCGCGAAUAAGUAUGUAUUAUUCAGCUGAAUGUUAAACCAAAUAUUACUGUUUAAAAUUUUAUAAAUUUUUAUACGAAAUUCUUUAUUGUGAUAUUUUAAUUUAAAAAACUUUUUA